AAAUAUUUCGAAUUACCAACAAUAAAUACUAAAAUGUCAGCCACCAACACAAAAACCACCAAAUCCGAUGUUUUUUUCGUGCCAAACGCGAUGGACGCGGAAUUUGACAAUUUUUGGAAAACGGUUAGCUGUUUCGCGGCCAACAACUUUCCGUUCGAGGAGCGAUGUGAGUUCGUAAAGAAAGCGGUGGACUGCAAUUCGAGCACGAAUGUAAUUCCAUACAUGAGACUGCUGGCCUGCGAUCUGAAGUGUAUCAAUCAGUUCCAGGAAAUGAUCUUCAUCGCCUUGUUCGUGGCGUUCUGCUUUCAGAUUUUGGUUAUACUAAUCUACACGAUCAAUGUUUACUAUAGUCCUGCUCUGAAGGCCGUAUCCCGAUUCCUUCAUAUGAACGAGCAUUUGGCGGGAGUUACCCUGAUGGCCUUUGGAAACACUUCCGCCGACCUAUUCGCCAACUUGGCCAGCGUUGAACGUCAUGUUCCGGUUUUUGCCAACAACUUGUCGUCAGCCCUGUUUGUGAUUACGAUUUCCGGUGGCCUAAUAUGCUACAUUUCCCCCUUCAAGAUGAAUUCCUACGAAACGGUCCGCGACAUUUUAUUUCUUCUCUUAGCGACUUUAUUGAUGGAUUACUUUGCAUCGAACCAUUUCACAUUGAGCUAUGAUGAGUUGAAAUUUUUAAUUGUACUCUUGGUUUACAUUAGCUACAUCAUUAUCAACGUGGCAGAUGUGUACUUAUUGCAAAAGACCAUAGCCUCAACGCGUGCCAAAAUGCAAAAACUUCUGGAUGAGAAGGAAACACCUGAAAUAGCAUUGAAACUCCAAGAACUCGAGAGAAAGCUGGAGUAUUAUUCACAGGAUACGAGGGUGGAGAUUUUGGAAAAAAGCAGUAGUAUCUCGAUAACCAGAAUACGCUACACCACAAUGAGAAUGAUUCGAAAUCCCCGUGUUAGCGUUAAUCGACGCUACACCCGAACUAUGAUGCUUGAUUACACGCAAUCGAAGAACCAAGGGAUCUUCAGGGAUUUCUUCCUUGCCCUCAGGCCCAUCAAGUGCCAGGCUUGGAAGCAGGCGGAACUUCUUAACCGGGUCCUACUGUUGAUCAGGGCUCCGGCCGUCGUCAUCUGCACCCUCUAUAUUCCCCUGGUGGACUACGAAUUGGAGAAACAUGGCUGGAACAAGCUACUAAACGCCAUCAAUGUAGUAGUCAAUCCUGCCCUAUCAAUAUCGAUAUUUUUGUCUUUUAUGCAUAGGAAAGCGAACGUUCUAUGGUAUAUAAGCCUGCAGAACACCCUGAUGUAUGGAGCCUAUUCCUUCGUACUCACUGUGCCAUUUGCCGUGUUCAUUCUCUUCCAUUCACGGACUGAUGUGCCACCAUCUUAUCACUGGGUGUUUACCAUAAUGAAUCUAACAGGAUCGAUGUUCUUAAUCUUUCUCUGCGCCACGGAAAUCGAUACAGUCCUCGAGGUGAUUGGAAACAUAUUGUCCAUAGAUGACAACUACAUGGGCGCCACUGUGAAGGCAUUUACAGGGAAUCUGGGCACACUAUUCGCGAACACCGCUGUGGCCAUUCAUGGCUAUCCAAAAAUGGCUUUUGCAUCCGCCAUAGGAGGAUCUUUUUUCACUAUCGUCGUCACUGGGAACACUGUGGCCUACGUAAGAAGUCUGGUGGGCAAUCGAUGUGAUGACCACAUAGAAGAAUAUGGUGAAAUCGCCUUCAUAUUUCUCAACAUGGCACUCUUUACCAUUUUGCUCUGGUCCACAACGUUGGGAUUUUUCGCCCGUCGUUCAAUGGGUUUGUAUUCGAUUGGGCUAUACGUUGUCUACUUGUUGUUCGUCACUCUGGUUCAUGAGGAAGUCAUUCAUUCGUUUAGUAAAGACGUUCGGGUGAAAUCAGCAUUUGGUGAUAUUUAGUUGAUAAAGUGUAAAUUAUUGAAGAGCUCGAAAUU